UAGAGUUAAAUUGAGACUUGGGAGCCAAUCAAAAAAGCGUUCAGGUUAAUUCGAGAUCCACCGAAUUUUUAUCUUUUGCGCAUGCAAUCGACUACAAUUAACCUCAGCUUAGGAAAAAGCCCUUUCCUUGACUCUACCCUCGUAGUUGGAGCGGGUGCUGGGACGUAGCCAUCAAUCGCCAUGGCCUCUGGAGUACAGUCGGUGCGAUUGUGCCUACGGGCUUUCCGACACCCUCCAACUCCUCGAAAAGUUGCCCCACGAAUCCCACGAAUAUACAUUCCGAGGCGAGCCUUGUCCUCAACACCUAUGCAACGGGGUCCCGCAUCUAGGAAGGAAGAGGACGAGGACGAGGAAGAUGAUGACGUGCAGGAUGACGGCAGCGUAGACGUUGUUGAAAUGGAAAGAUCUCUUCGCACUGCAUUAAGAGACCCCGAAUUUGAAGCGUCGACACGGAUCCAGGAACAAAUGUUAAACAGUGCCAAUUCUAUCCUGUCAAACGCGCAAAGAAUACCCAAACUCAGAAAAACUUUCUGGCAUGAAGAGGAGGAAGAUGAAGACUUGAUUACGGACGAGCGAAAUGAGGACGAGUUUGACGAGGAUGAUAUUAUGGGCAUGGCACACGGCAAGUUGGAGGAGUACCGUGAGCAUAGAGAAUAUGCUCGCAUUGCUGCUUGGGAGAUGCCUCUUCUAUCCAAGCUGGCACGACCCUUCGAACCACCCACAGCUCAGGAACCCUUGCGAUUCCGAUACACGAGUUAUAUGGGUGAAUUCCACCCCGCAGAGAAUAAAGUGGUUCUUGAAUUCUCGCCCAAAGAUAUGCCACUGGACGAGGCCCAGCAGCUAAAGCUGAAGAAGUUACUGGGCCCCCGCUACAAUCCAGAAACGGAUGUAGCCAAGAUGAGCUGUGAGCAGUUCGAACACCAGGCGCAGAAUAAGCGAUAUCUUGGUGACCUAGUCGAGAGUUUAAUCGCUCGAGCAAAGGACCCCUCGGACAUGUUUGAGGACGUUCCUCUCGAUACGAGACAUCACCCAAUUAAGAUCAAGCCCAAAUUUCCAAGGGAAUGGAGGAUGAGUGAAGAGCGGAUGAAAUUUCUCGAAGAAACGAGGCAGAAGUCGCUAUUACUCGAUCAGACGAAAGAGGAAGCCGGCGCCUUGGUUGAUGGCAAGGAGAAGAUCUCACAAUUCUUCAAUGUCCCCGAACCUGAAGCUAGAGUCCCUGAGUAUGCCAAGGCGCAGCUAAAAUGAACCCUCACCACAGGGCAGAAUGGCGCCGACUAGGCGGGUUUGACAUGUAUAAUAUCAUGUAGAUAAAUGCCAGCUCUAGGGAGCUUGCUGUGUGAAUACAAAAAUAUCAACACUUCAAACUAGGAUGCUGCUGAUAGAAGUUAUCUGAUUCAAGACAACGAGUCUCACCAGUUAGUUGCCUAAUAUGUUGGGAAUCUCCUUCACUAGGAGAAAGAAAAAGCAAUAAAUGUGGAAGAGGCAAAGUCAUUCGAUACCAGGAGUCAACCUUGGUACUGAGAUACAAUUCGUUACAAUUGAAAUUUAUUAUGUUAACAACCCUCUCAUAAGCAUCA